AAUUGUUUCUCGUGUUAGAAAAACAUGAAAAAUUGUCAAAGAAAUGUAAUUUAAUCAUAAUAAAAUUUCUUUGUCAAAUAAAAUUGUCGUCUUGGUCGUUUUUCACGGAACGUUAAAAUACAAACCUCAUCAUUCAACUCAUCUUCAGUGGCGUCAUCCCAUAUUGAUAGCCAAGACGACAUGGAAACAGCAAAGGCUAAACAUUUCGUCAAAGAGUUAUUGAAGGCUCGCAUUUUCUUAGGCCGUUACAUUGAAAGGCGUUUAAUUGACCAGAAGAUUGGAUACCGUGAUAUUAUAUUAGUGAGUGCCGCCGAAGUCGAGUUGAAGAGAGAUUUAGUAGAAGCCCAGUACUCCUUAAGGUCUGCAUACCCUAAUACUUGGAUAGGUAUCGCGGAGUCUGAAACACUGGAGAUCAACACGUCCGGUUUGUGUCUUUGUACGGAGAUAGAAAACCAACCAUUCGGACCUUUUUGGUUUCAAAUCAAAAGUAUUAAAUUCAGAGAUGUGGAAAUUAUGGUAAGCCUAAAAUGCAUCAGGUAUAUUUCAGAAUCAUUUUUGGAGAUUGAACCAUUACUAACUAGAUCAAGCAUAAAGAAAAUCAAAGAAGCGAAUGACACAAAACCAGAUAGCAGUGUUGAAACAUUGAGUGAGACUUACAAUGAUAUAGUUGUAACAUUAAAGAGUGCUUUAUCCAUCAGUAAUGUUAAAGAAUUUGUGACCUUUUUGUUUGCUUUUAUAAUAGCAAUAUUUACUGGAAGUACUGCAUUUGUGAACUUCCUAGGAAACUUUAUUUUGGCAUUGAUAAGAGAAAUGUCAAUACUGAUAAAAAAUUCUACACCCAUGUUUCUGGGUUUGUUAGACUUCUUCAGUAAAAUAGUUGGAGGAUUUUACAUAUUGUUGGCUAUGUUCUUCAAGCCAAGCAAUCCAGUUCCACCGAAUAAACGCAGCAUUGCUUAUAACCAGCGCUAUCAACAUCGCAGUAGCCACUUCAAUGACGAUGGACAGUUUGAUUGAUUUUGAAUUUUUGUACUAAGUACUUGAUAUUAAGAAUACAUUUUUAUUUUUAUAUUAAUCAUUCAUAAAAUGAUUUGUAUUGCAUUUAAAGGGUUCCACUAGCAUUUAAUGUAGGUAUCAAUUGUAACUUCAUAUUUCAGCUUGCAUCAUGAAGGUUAUCAUAGUUAUAUUACAAUACAAUGCAUUAAAUAUAAUUUAUGGAUAAAAUAUCAUAUAGGUAUUGGGCAAUAAUGAAUUUCAAUAGAUUGGUGCUUGGUUAAAAAAUUUUACAAAAAUGUGUAUAAUUUUUCUCAUAGCUGGUAACAAAGUUACAAAUUCCCAUUUAACAUUCCUUCAGUUUUUGUACUAACCAAAUAUUCAAAGCUAAAGCAGAAAAAAGCUAUAAAUUAUGAUACAUCACUUUCUCUUUUCUAAAAUAAAACAUUUUUGUAAUAAUUUGUAAAAUAAUAAAUAAAACUAUUUGCAUAUUAUACAGUAAAGAAAUGUAUUAUUGUUAUUGGUAAUUUAUUUAAAUUUUAUACUUAAAAUUACAUAGUGACACUCAAUAGAUUAUUUGGAUGUAUUUUGACUGUUAAUAUUGUCCUUAUUAGAUAUUAUAAUUAUUAUUUAUUUAUUUUUUGUUGGGUGUUGUCUAAUAGUAAUUUAAAGUGCUUGUGAAAUUUAAUACCAAAUUUUGAAAACUAUGGAACUAUGUACACCCUGGUAUGAUUUAUCACAAUCUGGUAUAAUUUAUUGAUUAUGCCAGAGACCCUGGGUUUACACAGUACCCUUAGAUUAUGAGUGACUGACUUAUAUUAUGAGUUUAUUAGACUUUAGAUUUUAUACUUGUUACUUUAGCAAUUUGUUUGUUUGUGAUAUGCUUUUCUUUUUACUUUGAGUAAAUACAUGUAUAAUUUGUUCUAUAAUAA